UCUUACAUGUAUUCCUUCUUAUUUUAGGAGACAUAAAGUGAGGACAUGGAAAAGGAAAAUGCAACAGUUCUGGUAGAGUUUUUUCUCUCAGGAUUUACAGUUCAACCAGACUGGCAAAUCCCCCUGUUCCUGUUGUUCUUGGUGGUAUAUCUCAUCACCAUGAUGGGGAACCUAGGACUGAUUGCUCUCAUCUGGAAUGACCCUCACCUUCGCACCCCCAUGUACUUAUUCCUUGGGUGUUUAGCCUUUGUGGAUGCGUGGCUAUCAUCCACAGUGACCCCCAAGAUGCUGGUCAGUUUCUUGGCCAAGGAUAAAAUGAUAUCUCUAUCCGAAUGCAUGAUACAAUUUUUUUCCUUUGUAACCAGUGCAACCACAGAAUGCUUUCUCCUAGCAACAAUGGCAUAUGAUCGAUACGUAGCCAUGUGCAAACCAUUACUCUACCCAGUAAUUAUGACCAAGAGACUAUGCAUCCAACUACCAGUCUGGUCAUUUGUAGGUGGCUUUCUUCAUGCCUCAAUUCAUGAAGGCUUUUUAUUCAGAUUAACAUUCUGUAAGUCCAGCUUAAUUCAUCACUUCUAUUGUGACAUAAUGCCAUUGUUUAAGAUUUCAUGUACUGACAUUUCUAUUAACUUUCUGAUGGUUUUUAUUUUCUCUGGUUCAAUUCAGGUAUUUACCAUUAUGACUGUUCUUUACUCUUAUACAUCUAUUCUCUUUACAGUCUUAAAAAAUAAUUCUGUAAAAGGUGUAAGGAAAGCCUUCUCCACCUGUGGAGCCCAUCUCCUAUCUGUCUCUUUAUAUUAUGGCCCUCUUCUCUUCAUGUAUGUGCACCCCAGAUCUCCUCAGGCAGAUGAUCAAGAUAUGAUGGAUUCUCUAUUUUAUACCAUCAUAAUUCCUUUUUUAAAUCCAAUUAUCUACAGCCUGAGAAAUAAGAAAGUCAUAGCUUCUCUGGCUAAAAUAUUGAAAAGGAAAUGCUAA